UAAAUUCCGAAAGCCUCCAACGGGGGAAACUUCAGCCCCACUACUUCGUUUAUAUAACGCCUUGUGACCUGAGGACUUUGUUUAUUCCGGUUCCGGGAGUGUUGUAUUAAUCCGCUUUUCUGGAAAUAAAAAAGUUGAGGAUGCCGAAUAAAGUGAAAAAAUUCAUUUACGCCGAAAAGUUCGAGGGGGCGCCGAAACCGUCGAAUUUCAGACUGGAGGAUGGAACCCUUCCGUCUCUGAAGGCUGGAGAAGUUCAUUUCAAAGCCGUUGCAAUUAGCGUGGAUCCAUACAUGAGAGCUGUCGGAAGUGUCGUUCCACCCGGGAACACGAUGUUCGGCGCCCAAGUGGCUAAGGUAGUUGCGUCAAACAGCCCAAAGUUCAAAGUCGGCGACCACGCCGUCGGAUAUUUUGGAUGGCAGACAGACUACGUCGGAAGACCCGAGGAUGUGCUCUCCCCUUUCGGAGGAAAUGAAGAGCCUUACCUUCUGCCUGACUUUAAAGGGCUACCGUUGUCGUUGGGCCUCGGCGUUUUGGGAAUGCCAGGGAAUACGGCUUAUUUCGGUCUGCUUGAAAUCUGCAAACCCGUCCAAGGAGAGGUCGUGGUUGUGAGUGGUGCAGCUGGUGCUGUUGGUUCUCUAGUAGGACAGAUCGCUAAAAUCAAAGGCGCUAAAGUCAUUGGGUUUGCUGGAUCUGAUAAGAAGGUUGAUUGGCUAUUAAAAGAACUCAAAUUUGAUUGGGCCUUCAAUUACAAAAAAAUUGGAGUACUCGAAGCGUUGAAAAAAGCAGCCCCUGAAGGCGUUGACUGUUAUUUCGACAAUGUUGGCGGUCAAAUGAGCAGCGACGUGAUUUCUUGUAUGAACAAUUUUGGAAGGGUGGCCGUUUGCGGAUCUGUAUCUACUUACAAUGAGACCAAGCCCGUUUUGGCUUCCGCCAUCCAGAUGGAUGUUAUUCUCAAGCAGCUAAAAAUUGAGGGCUUUCUGGUGCAAAGGUGGCUCGGAAUGAACCGAUGGUUCGAAGGCAUAAAGCAAAACAUAGAAUGGAUAAAACAGGGAAAGCUGGUUUUCAAAGAAACUACUUACCAUGGAUUCGAAAAGCUACCCGAAGCAUUCUUGGGUCUAUUCAAAGGCGAAAAUUCUGGCAAAGCUGUCGUUCUUGUAUAGAUUGAAAUAAACCAUUAUUUUUUAAAUUGUAGUUGUUUUUUAAAUAUAUUUGAU